UCGUUACGUCCGCCUUCACGUGCGUGUUCAUCCGGCAUCUAUCUUGUUGCACAGUUCUUCAGCCUUCUGCACAUUUGCACUAGCGCUAGUCUGGAGCGGCAUAUCGCACUUUCCACCGUCACGUCACGACCAUCCAUGCUACUAGUAAUGGAUGGGGAUCGUGAAGAGGCUACAGCUCAAGCCAAUCCCGACGUUGCAGAGGCUGCGGAGUGUGCAAGAGACGAAGAAAUCCGUACUCUGUUCGUGUCAGGACUUCCUCUCGAUGUGAAGCCGAGGGAAUUGUACCUUCUGUUUCGGUGUUUCAAGGACUAUGAGCAAUCGUUGCUGAAAUUGACGGGGAAACCUGGCAGACCUCCAAUGCCGGUAGCGUUUGUCACGUUUGAAAAUAGAGCCGGCGCUGAGGAAGCCAAAGCUGCUCUCCAGGGCCAGAAAUUUGAUCCCGAUCUCCCACAGACCCUUAGACUAGAAUUUGCACGUUCUAAUACAAAAGUAGCUGUGAGAAGACACUUUGCUGGUGGGCCAGUUCCAAUGGGAAUACCGACAGGACCAGCCAGAUUUCAGCACACUCAUUCUUAUCCUGUAAAUAGCUAUGUUCCCGCUCCUCCUAGUGAAGGCUGGGUGCAACAUCAAGGAAUCCCCAUAGGUGAAUUAGGAGUUCCUCAACCUAUGCAACUACAUCAAAUGCCCAUGGGCGCACUGCCAAGUCCCACCUCUGCAACUUCUGUUGGAGCAGCACAUCCAUGUUCGACACUAUUUGUAGCCAAUAUCAGUCCCUUUGCUACGGAACAAGAUAUGAAAGAACUAUUUCAAAGGUAUCCUGGAUUUAAAAGGGCUCGACUAUAUUCUAAAGGAGGUUUACCAGUAUGUUUUGUAGAUUUCCAGGUAAGCUAGUAUCGUCGCUACAGGAACUGUGCCUUUUUGUAUGUGCUUGUUGAAAUUAGGCUUUCUUUAGCAGUUGCUAUUGCUUAUUUAAUUAAAAUUUGAUAGACACACAGACAGUGACAGUGGAGUUUAGAACAACAUAAUCAGAAAAGAUUGUAUGAGACAAUGGAUAACAUGGAAAAGCUGAUGUACAAGUAGAUAUGAUGAGUGGAUCAAAGGCCAAAGUGAACAGGCAAACUUACUGAGUGACUAAUGACAGAGGGCCGUAGGAGCCAGUACCACUUUUUUUCUAGAGUGAACCUCCAACAGAGGCCUAUUUCAGGGCCAUACAGAAAUCGGUUCUGUUGGUCUGGUUCUAAUUGGUCAAACCAUCCCGAACCAUCUUUCAAACACUGUACUUCUGACAGUCGAUGAUUGCCCAACAGUUCCUGUUGAAAAUAUUGGUGAUUAAGUAACUAAUAUUUAUAGUUAAAAAGUAAACUACAAUCUUGACUUAAUUAAUCAAUUGCUAUUUGGGCUGC